AUGAUUUUAACUGGUGUCGAAAUUUACUCGGAACCUCCAUUUCAAAUGCGUGAUGCUUCCGAUGGUUUCAUGAAGCGUCUACCAGAAUGGUUACGAGAAGAAUUAAAACCGAUUGAUCAAAGAAAAGAUUGCAUAAUUAUGAAUAGUGUACAUCGAUUUUGGAUUGAAGCAGGACAAAUAACAUAUGAACAUCAAUACGAUGAAAAUAACAACAUUAUAACAUACUAUCUGAGUGAUGUGCCGAUGUGUGUAAAGAAACAAUUGAUGCAGUAUGACGAACAAGGAAAUUUGAUUGAUGAUUUGUCAAAAGUAGAGGAUGGUCAUUCAUCAGAAGGUGACUUUGCUCAAGCAUUUACUCGAUAUUAUGAUCAAAUGGGUUCGUAUUUUCCAGAAUUAUUACGACUCAAAGAAUUAUUGAAACGUGGUGUUUUACUCGUAUUUAUUCGAUCAACGUCCUAUAAAUGA